AUGGCCUCCCCCAGCGUCCUUCUGUCCGAGGUGCAGUUUCAGUGUUGCAUCUGUCAGGAUGUUUUCUCUGAGCCUGUCUCCAUCCCCUGCGGUCACAGCUUCUGCUUCACCUGCAUCACAUCACUCUGGGAUGACAGCCCCGCCAUCAGCUGUCCCAAAUGCCAGACGGUGUUCGAGGGGCGCCCGGAGCUGUGUGAAAACUCCUUCGCCAAGGAAAUGUCAGAGCAGAUCCGAGCGAGAAGGUGGAACGGUGUGACGUCGGCGCCAGGGAAACCCGUACGUUGUGACGUGUGCGUGGGAAAACAAACGAAGGCCCUGAAGUCCUGCCUCGUGUGUCUGACUUCGUACUGCGAGAGUCACCUGGAGCCCCACCUGAGAGUCGCCACCUUGAAGAUUCACAAGCUGAUCGAGCCGGUGGCGACGCUGGAGAACAGGAUGUGUAAAAAGCACCAAAGGCUCAUGGAGCUGUUCUGCAGGAGCGAUCAGAGGAGCGUUUGUGUGCUGUGCACCGAGACAGACCACCGCUGUCACGACACCGUCCCAGUGGAACGAGAAAGCCAGGAGAGGAAGGCUCAGAUGAAAAGGAUCGAGGCUGAUGUCGAGCAGAUGAUCAAGGACAGACUGCAGAAAGUGGAGGAGGUCAAACUGUCUGUGGAGCUCAGCAAAGAAAACUCAAAGAGGGACAUCGAGGAAAGUGUGGAGGUUUUCUCCGCUCUGUUUCGUACCCUGGAGAGAAGUCAAGCCGAGCUGGUGGAGACGAUCCGGCGGAAGCAGACGGCAGCCGAACAGAGGGCUGAGAGGCUCAUCAGCGAGCUGGAGCUGGAAGUCACUGAGCUGCAGAGGAGAAGAAGUGAGAUGGAGCAGCUUCUUCACACUGAGGACCACCUCCAUGUUGUGCAGAGGUUUCCAGCUCUCAGCUCUCCUCCGUCCGUCAAACCCUGCUCUGACAUCGUUGUUCAUUCACACACAUGCCUGGGGGCUCUGAGGAGAGCAGUGGCCAACAUUGAACAGCAGCUGCAAUCAGUAAUGACGAAGCUUUCUAUUAGAGAACAUGACAAGAUGCAGCAGUAUGCAGAUGAUCUUCAUCUGGACCCCAGGACAGCCAACCCUUGGCUGGUUCUAUCAGAGGACGGAAAGCAGGUUCAGGAUGGAGACGUUGAACAAAGCCUGGCUGACCUACCAGAGCGCUUUGACACAGCUCCAUGUGUCCUCGCCCUCAGGGGUUUCACCACAGGCAGGCACUACUGGGAGGUGGACGUGGGAGACAAAACAGCGUGGGAUCUGGGCGUAGCUCGAGAGUCGGUCAACAGGAAGGGUUUGGUCACUCUGAGCCCAGAGGACGGGUAUUGGACGGUUUGUCUGAGGAGGAACAGCGAGUACCGAGCGUGUGCAGGACAGGCCGAGCUGCUGUCGCUUCCUCAGAGGCCACAGGUUGUUGGGGUGUUUUUGGAUCACGAGGAUGGGAUGGUGUCGUUCUUCGACGCGGAGGCCAAGUCACACAUCUAUUCUUUCACACGGUUCCGGUUCACCGAGGCCAUGUUUCCCUUUUUUAACCCGGAUAUGAGUGAAAGCGGUGGCAACAAAUCGCCACUAAUCAUCCGGCCUGUGAGUGAAAUCUACGGAGACAGGGAUUUAGAUGACAUUACUAUAUGA